AUGCACCUAGGGUCGCCUCGGGAUUUUCGCCUCCCGGCCCACCUCGGGCAGUCCCUCCCGGCGGGCGCCCCGAGAGAGAGCGGCGGCGGCGGCGGCGGAGGCGGCGCGAGCGGCGGCGGCGCCUCCACCUCCGCAGCCACAAUGGCGACCGUCGGGGAGCGCAGGUCUCUGCCCAGUCCGGAGGCGAUGGUCGGACAGCCGUGGAACCACUGGGUAGAGGCUGCGAAACUUCCUGGGAAGGACGGACCCGAAUUGGAGGAAAGUUUGAAGGAGUUUGGGAAAAACCGCGAAGUAAUGCGGCUGUGCAGAGAAGACAUGCCCAUCUUCGGCCUCUGCCCGGCCCACGACGACUUCUACUUGGUGAUGUGCAGCCACUGCAACCAGGUGGUCAAGCCGCAGGCCUUCCAGUCGCACUACGAGAGAAGACACAGCUCCUCCAACAAGACACCCCUGACAGCAUCAUCCUCUUCUGUGUACUCCUUCUUUUCUUCUCUGACAAAAAGUAAAAGUAACAGCGCAGGAGUGAGCAGCCGUGCGUGCGGCGGAGUUCUUGGUGCGCCCUCGUCCAAUUCCAGGUUGUUGAAGCCACCCAAAGACAAGCCGCAGCUCAGUGGAAAUAGUAGGCCCAUGCAGCCCGUGCAGCACGGCCGAAUUCCCCAUGACAAAAUCUUGACACCUUCAGUCAAGGUGGAAAAGAUCCCCCCAAAGAUGGACGGGGCACUACUGAAAACUGCUCUCGGUUCGGCUGGCUCUGCUGCUCUGAGUUCCUCCAUCAAGACUGGCCUUAAUUGUCCCUCAAUACCAAAGCCACCCUUGCCUUCCCCUGGACAGAUACUGAAUGGUCAAGGUCUUCUUCCCACCCCUCCAAUUUUGGAAAAGAAGCCAGAAGAUAAUUCAAAUAAUAGGAAAUUUUUACAUAAGAGAUUAUCAGAGAGAGAGUUUGACCCUGACAUAUAUUGUGGCGUCAUCGAUGUGGAAACCAAGAAGCCCUGCACUAGGUCUCUGACAUGCAAGACACAUUCCUUAACCCAGCGGAGGGCCGUCCAGGGCCGCAGAAAGCGCUUCGACGUGUUGCUGGCCGAGCACAAAAACAAAACCAGGGAAAAGGAGCUGCUGCGCCAUUGUGAGCCGCCACCACCGGCGCAGAUCCCACUCCUCAGGGAACCCCAGGCCUCCCCCUCCAGGUCGCUCCCAGAGCCGCCCCACAACUCUCACGGGGGGACGCCCACCGAGCCCCGGCCUUUCGUCUCCAACAAGCCCCGACCUCACCACCCCAGUCUUCCAAGGCCUCCGGGCUGCCCAGCCCUGCCCAGUGGGAACGCCCCCUCCGAUUCUCCGGCCUCUAAUGAGUCUCCGCACCCUCCCCUGCCUUCGACUGAGCCAGCAUCUCGGGGAUCCAGCGACGAGGGAGAAGGCGAUGAAAAGGAAGAAUCUGUGGAAAAACUGGAUUGUCAUUACUCGGCCCAUCAUCCUCAGCCAGCCUCCUUUUGCACUUUUGGUAGCCGACAGAUUGGAAGGGGCUAUUUUGUCUUUGAUAAGAGGUGGAACCACAUCCGCUGUGCCCUUAACCUCAUGGUGGACAAGCAUCUUAAUUCCCAAAUGUGGAAGAAAAUCCCUCCAGCUCCUGGUCAUUCGGUCUCGGCGCGCGUUCCCCAGCGGACAAAUUCGGGGCCCUUGUCCCCUUUCGGCGCGAGCCCGCCGGGCUCUGCCGCCUCCUGCACAGUGUCGCCAUCGCCAGUGUUGCUCUCACCCUCCUGCCUCCCCUUGAAUAGCAAAGCCGCCCCGGCCCACGGAACCGCACUCAACGCGCCCCCGGCCUCCGGGGACCCCCGACUAGCGACCUCCUCGUCCCCGCUGACCCCAGCAGGGGCGGCGGCGCUUUCCUCGGUACCUUCCCCAGGCUCUGGGAAGCCUCCAAAAAUGAAAUCCAGCAAGUCCUUGAAGCUUAAGGAGCCUCCCGCCAACAGCCCCUUCUGUAACAGCCCUGGGGGCGGGGCCGGGGGCGGGGCCGGCAGCUCAGGAAAGAAACGGAAAACCAGCCCCCCGGUGGCCACCCACCCGGCCUCCGCCGCCUCUUCUCCUCAUUCCACAGACUCUCUUAGGAAAAACUGCGUGGCCAACCCCGCCAAUUGCGGGCCUGCCUACCCCUCCCCCAUGGCGUCGCCCCCCACCGUGGGCCUCAACUGCCUGAGCAACAGGGCCUACGCGGCGGGCGUCCGGCACGACCAAGCAGGGAGGGGCCCCCUGGCAGCUAGCCCGGCCGAGUCCAUCAAGAGGAUGAGCGUGAUGGUCAACAGCGGCGACUCCACGCUGUCCCUGGGCCCCUUCGUGCACCCGCCCGGCGAGCUCGUCAUGGCCGCCAGCGGGGCGCACGGCGCCUUUUCCCACGCCCACCAUCCCCCGCCCCCUCUGGACAAGCUCCUGGGCAAGAAGAGGAAGGGCUCCCCCAGCGGCGGCGGAGCCGUCCAGCACAGCGGCCAGGCCGGCAAGGUAGCCAAAUUGCCCUCGGUGAACAGCGUGAAGCACCCCGGCCCCCUCCCAGCGCCGCCAGGGCUGGCCGGCAGCGCUCUUCUUCACCAGCCCAAGGCGCGGCCCUGACAGCCAGCGAGGGAGCAAGAACUGGACAGAGCCCUCUAGUCAAACCUCCGCCUGGCCCUCUGGAUCCGCGCUGCCUUUGACUUGACCCCAGCUUCCUGGGUCCUCAGGUGUAGAAUCUGCUGGACUGUCUGUUCUUUCCAAAAGGAAUUCCCCGAAGCCUUGUCUGUAGCCGCGUCCGGCCACACAGUUGCUUUGGUCAGUGUUAAACGUGGCCUGGCCGCUCGCUGCGAAUCUGUGAGAUGUUUGACUUGCAGGGAGACAUCAUGUUGCCCCUCUGAUCGGGCCGGGCCGCGAGCUGGGGACGGAGCGUUCCCGCGGGCUUCCUUCUCCCCCCAGGUCACCCCCGCCUGUGGAGGACCCCCCAGAAGGGAAGGUGGCUUUCUUGUUGCGGCCCAAGAGUAGGGACAAUCGCCCCACCCAGCGGAACCAAACAGGCCCUGUCGGUGCCGGCCUUUUGCAAGUCCUUUGGGAUAAGGAGCUGUCCGGGGAGUCUAACUUUUAAACUAAGCCAUCGAUGCCCACAAAGCAAGUUUGAAUGAUUUUGGAGGAAUUCUUUUCAUGGUACAAAAGCAAUUCUGUUGCUUUUUAAUAAGAUGCAACUGAAAAGGAAUAGAAAAAUGCUAACUAGUUUUGAUAGAGGAAAGCCAAAUGAAAAAAAAAAUCACUGUAGGGGGAAAACCCUAU